AUGGCGGGGACUUUCCGGAAUAAGCUCACUGGCAAGUCAGUUGUUAUUGUCGGCGGUACUUCCGGCGUCGGUUACGCCGUUGCAGAAGCUAGCGUCGAGUUUGGUGCCAACGUUGUAGUUGUCAGUCGAACACAGGACAACGUAAAUAAGACAUUGCAAAGGCUGCAUUUAUCCUACCCUGAAAGCAAUUCUCGGGUCAGGGGUUUUGUGUGCGAUAUAUCUAGCUCGACAGCGGAAGUCGAUAUCACCAAGCUCUUCGAAUUUAUCACCAACAACGGAUCCAGACCAGUCUAUCAUGUUGUCACCACGGCUAGCUCCCUACCAAACAUUACGUCUCUGAGCGAUGCAACCGCUGAAGACAUGGUUGCUUUCUCAAAGUAUCAUUUUAUUGGGGACACGAUGCUUGCUAAGGUGGCUGCAAAAUAUCUCAAGGGGGCUAACACGUCGUCUUUCACUAUGACUGGUGGCGCGGGCACACAUAAGCCGCCACCUGGCUGGAAUUUCUGGGCUAGUGUAGGUGGAGCAAAAGACGCAUUAGCAAGAGGCCUUGCCGUCGGUAUCGCUCCAGUCAGGGUGAACCUGGUCUCACUGGGCGCAAUCAGGACAGAACUCUUUGAGAGAGCCGCAGGCAAUUGGGGAGAAGAGGCAAUAGAAGCGUCAAAGAACAACUCGCUGCUGGGCACGGUUGGAGAUCCAAGAGAUGUUGCGGAGACUUAUUUGGCCAUCACGAAGAACCACUUUCAGACUGGGACCAUUACUUUUGUUGAAGGAGGUGCUUUGCUCAAAUAA